UCUCGUCUCUCCUCCUGCCUGCCUCCUCGCCUUCCCCCAUUCCCCCCCCAGCCGAUUCGUCCGCGGCCAAAACCCCCCCACCCCGAAUCCCCGUCGCAUCGCCCCCCGAUGUCGCCGGCAGCUGGUGGCGCCGCGCCCGCGCAAUCGACGGUGGGGGCGGCGGCGGCCGCCGCCACGCCGGCGAUCGCGGCGCCGCCGGAGACCACCCGCGCGGCGCCCCGCCGGGAUCCGCCGGGCCAGCCGGAGGGGGCCGAUCCCGCCAAUGCGGCGGCGAGGAAGACGGUGUGGAACGUGCCGGCGCCGCCCCCCGCCUCGGCGGCGGCUGCGGCGGGGGCGACCCCCGGCGGCGGCGGCGGCAUCAUCGGCGGGGACGCCUCGUGGCCGGCGCUCGCGGAGUCGGCGCGCGCGUGGCCCAAGUCGGCCUCGUCCGACUCCCUCAAGUCCCUCUCCGAUGGCUCCGGCCCGUCACAGCAGGAGGAUUCCAGCGCUUCAUCGGUGCCCCUACCUCAUCCAGGUGGGGACGUUGAUCCGAUCCCCACUGGCUCAAACCCUACCUCCACGCCGCCUCCAAAUUCCACUGCUAUGGCUUCUUCCCAGAGGAACGGCUCCACGACCCAGCCAAAUCCAGUUCGACGCGGUGGCAGCAAUGGUGGAAAUAAUGGAGGUGGCAGCCGUGGAAAUGGUAGCAAUGGCGGCCGCAGAGCUGCCAAUAGUAGUGGAGGUGAUGGGAGAAGCGGCAGUGGCGGUGAUGACAACUGGAAUGAGGGGAGCCUUGGUACUGGCAGCGGUUGUAACAGCAGCAAUAGCAAUGGUUCCAGCAACUUGAGUGAUAAUGUCCCUGGUGGCGGCGAUGGUGGGAGUGGCAAUGAAAGCAGCAGAAAUGCUCCUGGUAAUAGCCACUGGAACAACAACAUACGAGGUGUUGGUGUUAGCAGCAGUAAUGGUACCGGUAGUGGUGAUGGAAACAAUAGAAAUAGUGGUGGCAGCAGCAACCACUGGAACAAUAAUCCCCGAAACAGUAGUGGCAGUAGCAAUGGCUCUGGAGGUCGCGGUGGUUACCGGGGUCGCCGUGACCAUGAGAGAGGAGGUAAUUUCUCCCCUAGGAACUUCCCUAGAGUUCCAGUAAUGCCAUAUCAACAGCAGCAGCAGCAGCAGCAGCAGCCACCUGGUGUCUACCAGACUGGGGCCUUUCACCGGCCUCCGCCGCCACAUGCAUCCCAUUUCAUUGUGCCACAGCAUUUUUAUGUGCCGCCAUUUGCCUACUCUGCUGAUGUGCAACCUUAUCCUGUCUAUCUCCCACCAAUAGAACAGUUUCAGAACAUGCAUCUUGUCCGGCCGCCCAUGCAGCCUGCAUGGGCUCCUCCUCAGGAUCAGCCAAAUCUCCAAGAUGAUAUUAGGAAUCAGAUAGAGUUCUAUUUUAGCACAAAUAACCUAUGCCAUGACACAUUCUUGAGGAGACAUAUGAAUGAUCAAGGAUGGGUACCUAUUGACCUAAUCUUGGGGUUCAACCGGAUGAGGGCAUUUACAGGCUUGGUAGACACCAACUAUAUACUAGAUGCUAUUUGUGAUUCUGAGCUAUUGGAAGUGCAGGGAAAUAAUGUCCGAAGGCGCAAUGACUGGGUGGAGUGGUUACUUCAUUAAGGCUGUCCACUAGCGAAUCAGGUUCAGACGCUGAAAUGCAACUGCAUACGAUCUUCGGGGAACUGAAUUGAAGUCUUGGUUGAGGUCAUGGGCACUGGUUCCGUGAUGGAUGGAUGUACAGCAGGUCAACUGAAAGCCGAAAGAUUUUGUUUGUUUAGAUCAGACGUGAUGGCUUCACGUAAAGGCACAUUUUGAAGGGGUUAUUGAGGGGAAGACACCAAUAACAGGAAAUAAAUCCCACAAAGUAAAAAUCAUUUUUUGGUCUGUAUAGUUUUGUCCAAAAAGAGGUGAUCCUGCCUUCUCAUCAUGGAUGAUAGGUCGUGUUGAACGAUUUUGGUGUUACCUGGGGUUUAUUCAUGGGAUCGCCCCUCAUUUUUGGUUGCAUGCACCUGACUUUGUUGUUCUUGGGGGAACGGUCCGGGCUGUUGCCAUUGAUAUUAUGUAUGUUAUGGGAAUAAAUGUUGUACUAUGUUAUCGUUUCAUAUCGAAUGGCCCUGGAGGUAUGGAGUGAGUGAUUGUCA